UGAUGCCCCAAAAGGAUACCUGACUAAUCGACAUUUGCAGAACCACGUGGGACAUAUUCUGUUUCGCAAACGGUCAGCCUGGCUCAUGAUGCCGGCCUUGCUUCCUGGACCGUAGUUUUCAGUGUGACCUUUUUCUUCUUCAAACCUCUUUCAUUAAACCGCUGUGGACCAGCGGGUUUGCUAGUAUCACCUCAUGUCUGACCCAUUUGACGUUAUACCAUUCGAGGAUAUCAAGGGGGAAUGGAAGAAGCUGGGUUCAGGUUCUUUUGGGAACGUUUAUAAAGGAUCAUACUUGGGCAUUGAUGUCGCAAUCAAAGAAGUCCUGCCAUCCAACAGUUACAACGUCGCCAAAUAUUUUGAGAGGGAAUGGAGAUUAAUGAAAGAAGCUCGUCAUCCCAAUGUUGUGCUUUACCUUGGCCUGUCACGUGCCCCGCCUCCUGAUGGACGAAUAUUCAUAAUAUCAGAGUACAUUGAGAACGGAAAUCUUAGAAUGUACAUAUUCGAUAAGACGAAAUCUUUUCCGUGGCGUCUCCGGCUUUCUUUUGCCACAGAUAUUUGCCGUGCUCUAGCAUACCUUCAUGCACGCAAGUGCAUACACCGCGAUUUGAAAGGUGAAAAUCUCCUCGUCACCGCAAACGGCAGAUUGAAGAUCACCGACUUUGGUUUCGCUCGGAUUGCUGCCCGCAACGAAGAGGAAAGCAAACGUCUCACCUUUUGUGGGACUGACUCGUACAUGUCACCCGAAAUUCUACUUGGGGAGGAGUUCGAUUUGCCCACAGAUAUAUUUUCUCUUGGCAUUAUCUUCUGCGAGAUCGCGGCGCGGAGGCUAUCUGAUGACCGCCAUUUUAAACGUACUGGCCCAACGUUUGGCAUUGACCCCGAGGAGGUGUACCGACGAGCCAGUCCCGGUUGUCCACCGGCAUUCCUUGCUCUCACGCUGGACUGUCUCGCUGAGGAUCCAAAGGCACGCCCCACCACUCUCUCCAUCUUAAACAGGCUAGGCGAAAUCGAAACGGAGGUUUUGUCACGUCCAGACACUGAAGACCUUCACGUUGGAAGCAUAAGAUUUAUGACAGGAGGCAGACGUCCGGGUGCCGCUCCGCGUAUCCCGAGUUUUGGGGCUGGUGUCGGGAAGGACAUCAGGCACAAUCCGACCUCCAUCAAAGAGGAUGUUCUCGCGGCCCUGUCUAGCGGCGAGGAAAGCAGCGACGAAGAGCCCAUUGGCGCCAUGCAAGGUCUGGCUGUCAGCCUGGAUCCAAAUAGCAAUUGGAGUACGACAGCCAACGGACACUCGGGUGAUAGCACCCAACCUCUUCUCGUCAGUAACUCCAGCACAUUGUCAGAGUACAGUGCCGUCGUCGACUGGGCCCAUGUUCCCACAAAUACCGAUGACGUUCCGACAUCUUUGUCCUCCAUUCUCACUAUUCGGCCUGCGCUUGACCCAAACGGGACGGCAGAACCCACUACCCCAGGUGCUUCUUUGACUGACAAUAGUAAUACUCCAACGAGCAGCGACUCGAUCAUGUCCGCGCAGAGUUAUCAGACUGCUCAAUCAUCUAUCCAAUUUUCCACCACAGCGACGAAAGGCCACUCGUCCAUCGGUUCUUCUCCUAUGUUUCACCGCUUUACCUCACUCAGACCUGGCACAAAGCGUACCAGCGGAUCGGCAUCCCCGACACGUCACGCCGACGGAGGAUGGAACCCGCUAGAGCUGAUCUUCUCUAGCGGAUUAGUUGGGCAGAAGUGUGAUGUAUGCUCCAAGAGGAUUGGCUGGAAACCUGUUUUGGAAUGUGACGAUUGUGGGCUGCGGGCUCACGUCAAAUGCGGAGAAGUUGCUCCUCGUGAUUGUAAUAUUCGUUCAGUAAAUCAACCAGCCCUGCACACAUCCUCGCCUUUGUCGAAGGGAAGGAGCCAGCCAAAAAGAGUAUCCUUACCCCAUUCGACCACGCGAUAGGGACCCUGCAUGUUCUAUCAAGCCACACAUAAUACAUAAUAGCUUACAUUCAUACUACGUCACUGCCGUACGUGUUGCUCGGUAUACGUAUCUUCAAGUUGUAUCGGUUAUGCAUUCCCAGUGUUAUCUGAUAUCAGCACCUGUCGAAGCUCUUGUCGUUAACAUUUUGUAGGGUGGCAAAAGCAAUACGACUGAUCAUAGGAACAUGGCGGCAUGAUCAACUUUUUUUCUUUUCAAA